UGCCCCUCCUCUCGGGACGGCCCAGAAAAGGAGCUCCCGGCAGUCCCAGACUUCAGAGGUUCAGGAUACCUUGAGAAAAUGGCCGAGUAUCUGAGGCUGCCUCACUCCCUGGCACUGAUCCGCCUCUGCAACCCUCCAGUUAACGCCAUCAGCUCAGCUGUCCUCAGCGGAAUAAGAGAGGGCCUUCAGAAAGCCUGCUCAGACUACACAAUUAAAGCCAUUGUGGUCUGUGGGGCAAAUGGCAACUUCUGCGCAGGUGCCGAUAUUCGCAUCUUCAGUUCUCCCUCCUCUGGCCUCAGGCUGGGAGAUGUGGUAGACGAAAUGCAGAGAUGCGAGAAGCCACUGGUGGCUGCUAUCCAAGGCGUGGCUCUUGGAGGGGGACUAGAGCUGGCCUUGGGCUGUCACUAUCGGAUUGCCAAUGCACAGGCUCGUGUUGGCUUUCCAGAGGUCACACUGGGAAUUCUUCCUGGUGCGAGAGGAACCCAGCUUCUUCCCAGACUUAUUGGAGUUCCCAUUGCCCUUGACUUAAUUACCUCAGGAAGACAUAUUUCAGCAGGUGAAGCCCUCAAGUUUGGCAUUCUGGAUGCAGUUGUGACGUCAGAUCCAGUUGAAGAAGCCAUCAGAUUUGCCCAGAAGAUUAUGGAUAAACCUGUAGAACCUCGCAGAAUCUUAAAUAAGUCAGUUCCAAGCUUGCCCAACAUGGACAGUAUCUUCGCAGAAGCCAUUGCCAAGGUACGAAAGCAGUUCCCUGGCCGGCUGGCUCCGGAGACCUGUGUCCGUUCAGUUCAGGCCUCUGUGAAGCACCCCUAUGAAGUGGGCAUCAGGGAAGAAGAAAAGCUGAUUAAGUAUCUUAAGGCGUCGGGGCAGGCCAGAGCCCUGCAGUACGCCUUUUUUGCUGAAAAGUCUGCAAAUAAGUGGUCAACUCCCUCUGGAGCAUCUUGGAAAACCGCGUCUGCUCAACCAGUCUCCUCAGUUGGCGUUCUUGGUUUGGGAACAAUGGGCCGGGGCAUUGCCAUCUCUUUUGCAAGGGCUGGGAUCCCUGUGGUUGCUGUGGAGUCAGACCAGAAGCAGCUAGGUGCUGCUAGGAAGAUGAUAACUGCCAUCUUGGAAAAGGAAGCAUCCAAAACGCAGCAGAGCGGCCAAGCUUCCGCGGGACCCAAACUUCGGUUCUCCUCAUUCAUAAAGGAGCUGUCAAGUGUGGAUCUGGUAGUUGAGGCCGUGUUUGAAGAUAUGAACCUGAAGAAGAAGGUCUUUGCUGAACUGUCAGCCCUGUGCAAGCCGGGAGCCUUUCUGUGUACCAAUACUUCAGCCCUGAAUGUGGAUGAGAUUGCGUCUGCCACCAACCGCCCUCACCUGGUGAUUGGCACCCACUUCUUCUCACCAGCUCAUGUCAUGAAGUUGCUAGAGGUUAUUCCGAGCCGACACUCUUCCCCCACUACCAUUGCCACUGUUAUGAGCUUAUCAAAAAAGAUUGGAAAGAUUGGGGUCGUUGUAGGUAACUGCCAUGGAUUUGUUGGGAAUCGAAUGCUGAUGCCCUAUUACAGCCAGACGUACUUCCUGUUAGAGGAUGGCAGUAAGCCAGAGGAUAUAGACGGGGUCUUAGAAGAGUUUGGUUUUAGAAUGGGACCCUUUAGAGUGUCUGACCUGGCAGGGCUAGAUGUGGGUUGGAAAAUUCGCAAGGGGCAAGGCCUUACUGGACCUUCCUUGCCACCAGGAACUCCUGUCCGUAAGCGAGGCAAUAACAGAUAUUCCCCACUUCCUGAUCUGCUCUGUGAACAUGGGCGAUUUGGUCAGAAAACAGGUAAGGGUUGGUACCAAUAUGACAAACCACUGGGUCGGAUUCAUAAACCUGAUCCCUGGCUUUCCUCAUUCCUGUCACAGUAUAGAGCAACCCAUCACAUUGAGCAGCGCUCCAUCGGCAAGGAGGAGAUCCUGGAGCGUUGCAUCUAUGCCCUUAUCAACGAGGCAUUCCGCAUCUUAGGGGAGGGGAUGGCUGCUAGCCCAGAGCACAUUGAUGUCAUCUACUUGCAUGGGUAUGGGUGGCCAAGGCACUUUGGAGGGCCCAUGUUCUAUGCUGCCUCAGUUGGCUUGCCCACAAUUCUAGAGAAAUUGCAGAAAUAUUACAAACAAAACCCUGACAUCCCCCAGCUGGAGCCCAGUGACUACCUGCGGAAGCUGGUUGCCCAGGGAAACCCCCCUCUGAAAGAAUGGCAAAGCUUGGCAGGACCCCACAUCAGUAAGCUGUGAGUUAGCCUUCUGCAUUGUGCCAUGCAUACUGGCAUCUAAUUUCAGUGUGAUUCGCUCCUAAAAUCCAAAGAGAUUGCUCUGAGAUACCAAGGAUGAUGAUAACGGUCUGCAAAAGCUCUUCUCUAUCUCUAUCUGCCUCAUGCUUUUAUUGGUGAGAUUUUAGAAAUGUGUUUUCUAUACCUCUGAAUGUACUUCUGUGAGAAAAGUCCAGUGAAUAUGUACUUACUACUCAAAGAGUUCUUCUCUUUUGACUUUUUGCCUUGUAUAACAAAAAUUUGUACAAAAUGUGGAUAGUAGGAUUAUUCAUAAUAACCCCAAAUUGACAACCCAGAUUGCCUUAGCAGAUCAACAAAAAGUGGUAUAUAUACAUGCAGUUGUCAAUUUUCAGCCAUGAGAAAUAAUUGACACAUGUUGUAACAUGAUGCUGAGUUAGGACACUGUUCUGAGUGACAGGAGGCAGGCAGGAAAGGCCACAUAUCAUUUGGAUAUGGAUGUGAAAUUAUAGAAUAUGUAGAUUUGUGGUCUGAGGCUGUUAACUGUUAGAAGCUAAAAUUACUGCUAAUGGAUGCACAAUAUCUUUGGGAGUUCAUAAAUUUUUCUGAAGUUACUCUAGUGGUGGUUCUGUAGUGCUACAAAUAUACCAAAACACAAUGAGCCAAAUGGUUCAAAUGAACCAUGUCGUGUAUAUAUUGUAUGUCUCAAUGAAGUUAAUAAAAUUAAUGGAAAUAAAGAUUUUAACUAUGUAAAA